GGGCGUCGGCUAGACGCGCGCGAUGGAGGGCGAGAGCCGGAGCCCGUGGGCCUUGGGGCUGCUGCGCACCUUCGACGCGGGCGAGUUCGCGAGCUGGGAGAAGGUGGGCUCGGGCGGCUUCGGGCAGGUGUACAAGGUGCGCCACGUCCACUGGAAGACGUGGCUCGCCAUCAAGUGCUCGCCGAGCCUGCACGUCGACGACAGGGAGCGCAUGGAACUUUUGGAAGAAGCCAAGAAGAUGGAGAUGGCCAAGUUUCGCUACAUCCUGCCGGUGUACGGCAUUUGCCGCGAGCCCGUGGGCCUGGUCAUGGAGUACAUGGAGACAGGCUCCCUGGAGAAGCUGCUGGCCUCAGAGCCGCUGCCGUGGGACCUGCGCUUCCGUAUCAUCCACGAGACCGCGGUGGGCAUGAACUUUCUGCACUGCAUGUCCCCGCCCCUCCUCCACCUGGACCUCAAGCCUGCAAACAUCCUGCUGGACGCCCACUACCACGUCAAGAUUUCCGACUUCGGGCUGGCCAAGUGCAACGGGCUGUCCCACUCGCAUGACCUCAGCAUGGACGGGCUGUUCGGCACCAUCGCCUACCUCCCUCCAGAGCGUAUCCGGGAGAAGAGCCGGCUCUUCGACACCAAGCAUGAUGUGUACAGCUUUGCCAUCGUGAUCUGGGGUGUGCUGACGCAGAAGAAACCGUUUGCAGAUGAGAAAAACAUCCUGCACAUUAUGGUGAAGGUGGUGAAGGGCCACCGCCCGGAGCUGCCGCCCAUCUGCAGACCCAGGCCGCGCGCCUGCCGGAGCCUCCUGCGCCUCAUGCAGCGGUGCUGGCACGGGGACCCCCGCGAGCGGCCCAGCUUCCAAGAAAUUACUUCUGAAACUGAGGACCUGUGUGCAAAACCCGACGACGAGGUGAAAGAGACGGCCCGAGACCCAGACGUGAGAGACGCGCCGGAGCCCGCGGGCGAGGCGCCCGUGCCCGCCCCGCCCAAGCGUGCCUCCACCCCGCCCUUCGACAACGACUGCAGCCUUUCCGAGCUGCUGUCCCAGCUGGACUCGGGCAUCUCCCAGACCCUCGAGGGCCCGGAGGAGCUCAGCCGCAGCUCCUCCGAAUCCAGACUUCCUUCGGCGAGCAGCGGCAAGAGGCUCUCGGGGGUGUCCUCGGUCGAUUCCGCCUUCUCCUCAAGGGGGUCGCUGUCCUUGUCUUUCGAGCGGGAGCCUUCAACGGGCGAUCUUGGCACCACUGACAUCCAGAAGAAGAAGCUUGUGGACGCCAUCAUGAACGGGGACACCAGCAGGCUGAUGAAGAUCCUGCAGCCUCAGGACGUCGACCUGGUCCUGGAUGGCGGCGCCAGCCUGCUGCACCUGGCCGUGGAGGCCGGGCAGGAGGACUGUGUCAAAUGGCUCCUGCUCAACAACGCCAACCCGAACCUGACCAACGGGAAGGGCUCCACCCCGCUGCACGUGGCCGUGGAGAGGAGGGCGCGGGGUGUCGUGGAGCUCCUGCUGGCCCGGAAGAUCAGUGUCAACGCCACAGACGAGGACCAGUGGACAGCCCUGCACUUCGCAGCCCAGAACGGGGACGAGGGUAGCACACGGCUGCUGCUGGAGAGGAACGCCUCCGUCCACGAGGCAGACUGCGAGGGCCGGACGCCCAUGCACGUGGCCUGCCAGCACGGCCAGGAAAGCAUCGUGCGCAUCCUGCUGCGCCGCGGCGUGGAUGUGGGCCUGCCGGGGAAGGAUGCCUGGGCACCGCUGCACUACGCCGCCUGGCAGGGCCACCUGCCCAUCGUCAAGCUGCUGGCCAAGCAGCCGGGCGUGAGCGUCAACGCCCAGACGCUGGACGGGAGAACGCCCCUGCACCUGGCCGCCCAGCGCGGGCACUACCGCGUGGCCCGCAUCCUCAUCGACCUGCGCUCAGACGUCAAUGUCUGCAACCUGCUGGCACAGACGCCCCUGCACGUGGCGGCGGAGACGGGCCACACGAGCACCGCCAGGCUGCUCCUGCACCGGGGCGCCCACAAGGAGGCUGUGACCGCGGAGGGCUGCACCGCCCUGCACCUGGCAUCCCGCAACGGGCACCUGGCGACCGUCAAGCUCCUGGUGGAGGAGAAGGCCGACGUGCUGGCCCGGGGGCCCCGCAACCAGACGGCGCUGCACCUGGCCGCCGCCAGUGGGCACUCGGAGGUGGUGGAGGAGCUGGCCAGUGCCGACGUGCUCGACCUGUCCGAUGAGCAGGGGCUCAGCGCGCUGCACCUGGCUGCCCAGGGCCGGCACACCAAGACGGUGGAGACGCUGCUCCGGCACGGGGCCCACGUCAACCUGCAGAGCCUCAAGUUCCAGGGCGGCCACAGCCCCGCCGCCACGCUCCUCCGGCGAAGCAAGACCUAGCCUGCUGCCCCCUGAGAUGGGGCCCCUGUGGGUUUCCUGUCCCAGCAUCGUGUUCUGCUGCAGGGACAGAGCGAUGCUGCACGGGUAGCCUGGGGGACACGACCGAGUGGACCGUCGAGUGGCAGGUGGCUGCUGACUCUUGCUUGGCACCCGCAUGGGCUUGGGCGUCAUGCUCCAGUUGAAGUUGGUCCGGGCGCACCUGGCUGCCUGCCCAUCAGUGUGCCCAGUGUCAGAGGGACUCUGGGUCGCAGGCAUUUCAUCACGCCCCUCUGUCUGAUGCUGGUCGCUCGGUGACAGAGCCAUAAGUCCGCCCUUCUUGAGCGGGGCCACCUGCGACUGCUCAGAGCACACUGUCGGGGAGGCGGGUGCGGGAGGAGCCGUGUCCCGUAUCUCCAUCUGCAGCGGCGGGCAAAGAAGCCUGUUAAGAAAGUUUUCGUGGGAUUCUUGUUUCGUAGAAUAUCUUUAACAGGGGAGCAGGGCCAGCUGUUGCUUUCGACCUGUUUCAAAACGUUCCUGUCGCUGGGUAGUCUAGUCGGUGAGGAGUGAGUGUCAAGUGAUCAGCUGGUUUUUAAAACACAAAACCAGUCCCCUCGCCAGCUCUUUUAUGUCCCAGUUUGUCCAUCCGCCAGUCCUCGGGGGCGUCUGCGCACAAGUAGCCGACAGCGCUGCCUGCCCUUGUUUGGAUCCUGUUGCAGAAAACCUUUGAACUCUUAGGAGUCAAAUGUGCACACGUCGUGGAGCAUCCACUUCCGCCCCACCUGGGACCCAGAGCAGUGUUGUCUGGUCAGAGCCCCAGCCGCCGCUCCUGUCAUUUUCUUCCCAGCUCAUUUUUGGUAAGGCGGUGGCUUGUGCUGGGCGAUGCUGUUCUGGGAUCUCUCAGGGGGUUUCUGACCCACUUUACAAACACUACACCGCACAGGGGCCUCAGCUUUUGGGAUGUGACCCCCGAGUCGGCUCUAGGAAGCAACCUUACAGCCUGGGACAUGGAAGCCCUGCUCCUUUGUUGUGGGAGCCAGUUUGCGGCAGGACCCAGCCCACAGGCAGACCCGCCCGUGGCCUGCUGUGUGAAACAGAGAUUGAUGUUAAUGUACCGUGUAUGUUAACGUGAGUCUGUGGGCAGGAUACAUCUUGUCUAUGACAGGAGACAUCCAGGCUGCUUAGAACUGGCUAUGUUUUAAUACGCCUGUGCUUUUAAUAUGUUAUGCUACUGUUACUUGUAGAACAUGUGGAAGGAAAAAGUUCUGUUUGAUGUCAAUAAAGCUAAGUUCUCUUCCUACUUUUUGGAA